AAUUAAAUAAAAAAAGGAAAAUUGUCCUGAGUUGAGAGAUCUAACAAAAAUGGGUUUGGACUUUGGAGAGAGUUGAAUUUUGGGACGAUGACUAAUUGGGAAAUACCUUCCUUUUGACUCUCUCUCCUCUCUCCUCUCAUCUUACUCUCAGCUAUGGCGGAUUCUGCCACAAUACACAGUAAACCCCUUUUGAGGAAUCUUCUCCAAGUCCAAUUUCUGUUAAAGAAGACAUUUUUAAUUAUAAUACUCAUAGCUCAUUCAGCUUCUGCUUUACCCAACAAUCACCGCUACAAUGUAGGAGAUUCUGUACCCUUCUUCGUCAACAAGCUUGGACCUUUGAACAACCCCAGUGAAACCUACCAAUACUAUGAUUUGCCAUUCUGCCAUCCAGAUCCUAUAAUUCGAAAAAAGGAAACUAUUGGUGAAGUUCUGAAUGGUGAUCGUUUGACAAACUCGUUAUAUGAAUUAAAUUUCCGUGAGGAAAAAAUUCACAAAACCCUAUGCCAUAAAAAGCUUAAAGUUGCCGAAAUCGCCAAGUUCAGGGAUGCUGUGAUUAGAGACUUUUACUUUCAGAUGUAUUACGAUGACCUUCCUUUGUGGGCAUAUGUUGGAAAAGUCGAAGAGAAUUGGAAUAUCGAGCAGAAUACAACCAAGUAUUAUAUAUUUACACAUGUUCAGUUCGAUGCUGUUUACAAUGACAACCAAGUUAUCGAAAUUCAAGCUUUUAGUGAUCCUAAUCAUGUUCUGGACAUAACUGAAGAUGUUGAAAUCGAUGAUGUUGAGUUCACUUAUUCUGUCAACUGGAAUGUGACUUCGGUUAAGUUCGAGAACAGAAUGAACAGAUACUCAAAGGCUUCUUUAUCGCCAAUUCGUCAGAAAAUACAUUGGUUUUCUUUUAUUAAUUCAAUUGUCAUCAUUUUUCUCUUGAUGGGAUUUCUUAUCAUGCUUAUCAUGAGGCAUCUGAAUAAUGAUCUGAGAAAGUGUUCUAAUAUUGAUGAAGAAGAAGACAAGGAGGUUGGAUGGAAACAUAUUCAUGGUGAUGUAUUUAGAUGUCCUCCUAAUAUGCCAUUGUUUAGUGCUGUCAUUGGCACUGGAACCCAGUUUCUGACUGUGAUUUGCAUCUUAUUUUUUCUGGCAUUAUUCGGAGUCUUAUAUCCUUACAAUCGCGGAGCGCUCUUAACUUCUCUAGCCAUUGUAUACGCUCUGACAUUCGUGGUUGCUGGCUACACUUCUGCCGCUUUCCACAGUCAAUUUUCCGAGACUGGAUGGGAAAGGAGUGUUCUUUUGACGGGAGUUCUCUACGUGGGCCCGUUGUUCGUGACAGUCUCUAUCGUUAAUACGGUUGCAAUAGCUAAGGGGACUACUGCUGCACUUCCAUUUGGCACCAUUCUAGUUGUUCUUCUUUUAUACUUCUUUCUUGCCAUCCCUUUGCUCGCCUUUGGGGGGCUAAUCGGGCAUCGUUUCAGAUCAGACUUUUCAGCGCCUUGUGCUACAAAACCGUACCCGAGAGAGAUUCCCCCAUUAGCUUGGUACAGGAAAACACCUACUCAAAUGUUCAUCGGCGGUCUUUUACCUUUCAGCGCGAUUGUUCUUCAAUUACACCAUUUGUAUGCAAGCAUAUGGGGAUACAAGAUAUACACAUUGCCGGGCAUUUUGUUUAUUACGUUCGCUAUCCUCGUCGUUCUAACCGCUAUCUUAAGCAUUGUUUUGACAUAUGUUCAACUUUCUGCUGAAGACCACCAAUGGUGGUGGAGAUCGGUGUUGUGUGGGGGCUCAACCGCGAUUUUCAUGUUUGGUUAUGGCAUUUUCUUCUAUCUCAGGUCGAAUAUGGACGGUCUCAUGCAACUUUGCUCCUUUAUAGGUUACAAUGCAUGCAUAUGCUACGCGUUCUUCCUCUUGCUCGGCUCAGUUAGUUUUCGUGCUUCCUUGAUCUUUGUUCGAUUCGUAUAUCGCGCUGUUAAAAGUGAAUGAAUCAUAUGAACAACAAUUUAUUCUACCUUUCCAUUUCCAUCCCCUUAAUAUGUUCACAUAGAGAUUGUAUAGAAGAGAGAGAGAGAGAGAAAAUUAGCUUUAGCAUUCUCAUGGCAUUGAGAGAAAGAACAAAAGAAACAGAAUUUUGACAAUCAAUUAUAUAACUUUUAAAAUGCAUAACACACAUUUUCAUUUGUGAA